AUGAGUGCAGCUCGUGAUUGGACAAUUGAUCAAGAGAUAAAACUCUUUAGUCUUGUAUGUGACUAUAAACCGGCUGGGCAGAAAAAGGACGAAAAUAUGGCCCAAAUAGUCGUGCAUAUCAAUGAAGGAGUUGAAGAUUCAGGGAAGUUUACCGCCGAUCAAAUAUGGUCCAAGCUAUCCCAGCAUUAUAACCUAGCUAAGGUUGAUGAGAUCGAAGAAGAAAGCGAAAGUGAAGAGGGCUCGGCUACUCCAUCCACAGAAGAAAGAUCUACGAGAAGAAAGACAAAUAGAUCAAGUGUUGAACCGAAUAACGGUGCGGAAAAGAUCCAACAUAGCAAAGAAAAGGAAGGUACAAUGAAUAAGAUAACAGGAGAGUCAAAAGAAGAAGUGGAGAAAGAAAGACACAACGCCAGAGAUGAAAAGCCAAGUAAGAAAGAAGAAAAGCCACCCAAGGAAGAGAAAUACGAGAAGCCAGAGAAAAGUGGGCUGGACGAAAAGUCUCGAGAGAAAUCUCGAGAGAAACCCAAGGAAGAAAAAUCGGCUAAGGACGACAUCAGUGACACUCUGGAACCAGGUGAUUACUCAUCUGAACUUAGUGAUGUAGAAGGUGAUGACGCGGAAUUAGCGAAACUAGAAGGGGACGAGCUCUUAUCAACCAAAAAGGAGAAAGGUGCUUCACGCGGUAAAGCGAAAGCAUUAAAAAAGCAAAACGACAGUGACACCGCUCUGCGUAAAAGAACAAGGUCGAUAGCAAAACUUGAUGCACCAGAGACAUUGCCACAGAAAAAGCGCCAUCUGCGUGCUAAUACUCCUCCCGCAACAUCAAAAAGAAGGACGCGAUCUGAAGUACAAGAGGAGGAACCUUCUGCUGCUAAAGAAGAACCCAAAGCUAGAAGAAGUACUCGCCAGGCUGUUAGGAGAAGUGGGCGGAAGAAAUGA